AUGCAUGGUGAUCAUGGUCCGAUCUUGGACAAGAACAAUAUCAUAAAUGUAAGAGAUGGGGAAUCGCUCUACCAGAUAUGUAUCAAGUUGCGCCGCCGCUUGUCGGGCGUUCCUGGGUUCAGACCAUACCUCGAUGAAAUGGAGGAACGCGAAGCCGAUGGAGAAACCGAUCCUGUGUCAUCUCUAUGGCAGUGCUUCCGAAGUGGGUUGCCACUGUUGACUAUAUACAAUGCUUCCAAUCCUGAAGAGGGGGAUCUCCAGGUGGGCACAAACAAACCGGAGAGGGUUGGAAAGGAAGCUGCGUUCCUCUUCAUCAAAUCUUGCAUGCAGCAAAUGAAUAUCCCUGCAGCGGAUACCUUCACCGUCACUGAUCUCUACAGCGACAACACUACUGGCUUCGUCAAAGUGACCAAGUUGGUCAAUCGCGUCCUCGACAUCUUGAAGUUGAGCGGAAAAUUACACCCUUCGACAGAUAGCGACGAUUCGCGUGAGGCGACAGACAGUGGGUUGAACGCUACCGGUCAACCGCCGAAGUCGAUGACGAGGAGACAGUAUAUCCUGAGGGAACUGGUCGAGACGGAAAGGCAAUACGUCCAUCAUUUGCAGAACCUGCAGGCUUUGAAGAAAGAAUUGGAAGAAUCUGGCGCGUUGACCGGGGAUGCCAUCCACAACAUCUUUCUGAACCUGAACAACUUGUUGGACUUCGCACAACGGUUUCUGAUUCGCGUGGAGCAACAGAACGAGAUACCGGAAGAGCAACAAAACUGGGGCGAGUUAUUUGUUCAUUACAAAGACCCCUUCAGACAGUACGAGCCGUUUAUCGCCAACCAGAGGAAAUGUGAAGCGACUUGUCAGCAGGAAUGGGAGAAGAUGGCAGCAACCAUCAGGUCACCCCUGACUCAGCAGAUGUUGGCGAACCCAACCAUCCUCAAUGGUUUCCUACUCAAGCCAUUCCAGCGAUUAACCAAAUAUCCAAUGUUACUGAAGGAUCUCCGAAACCAAACUCAGGACGAAAGUCUCAAGUCCGAUUUGUCAAGCGCCAUUGCCAUCAUCCGAGACGUCUUGAUGCAAGCCAACGCCUCCAUCGACAAGGAAACUCGAGAGGAUGCGCUCCAAGACCUACAAGAACGCAUAGACGAUUGGAAAAGCCUACAAAUUACGGCUCUUGGCGAGCUUCUCCUGCUUGGAACAUUCAAUGUAGUCAAAGACGGCAGCCUUCGGUCCGAGGAGAAGGAAUACCAUAUCUACCUUUUCAGUCGUAUCUUGAUCAUGUGCAAGGACGUCAACGCUAACAAACCGAAGAACCGACUGGCCAACAGACCUGCCCUGAGCCAACGCGGAAAGCCAAAGAUGAACCUGAAAGGACGGAUCUACUUUAACAACGUCAAGUCCGUUUCGGCUCACAGCAGUCAGGGGCACUAUGCGCUGCAAAUCCUAUGGAAGAGCGAGGCAGGCACGAUGGAGACAUUCAUUAUCAAAUUCAAGAAUGACGAUACUUUGCAAAAAUGGCAAGACAUCAUCGAAACUCAGCGGUCAUCCUGUAUGCUUGAGGCCCGGCCCAAGGGGACAUCAGAAACACAGCUACUUUCCUUACAGGGAAUGAGUAUGGAAAAUCCCUAUCUGGGACAGGAUGAGGACGACGAUUUCAGCCGACUAUCCGGUACCACGUACGGAGGCACUGACGUGACCGGAUACUCCGAAUUCAGCAUGAGCAGAAACGCCUCCAGCACAAGCCUGCGGUCGCGGUCCGCCACUGGGGGAAGCGGAGGGAGCAAUCCACACAUGUCCGCAGGCCGCAUGCGAGCGCCAACGGUGGAGAUGGGAGGUCUCUCGUUGAACACCCGUGGUUUGCCCACUCCCCAGGAUUAUUCAGGAGGCUCUUAUUUCUCUCCCAUAGAUCGAGAUACUCCUCCACAGUCAUCCGUGUCAGCCCGGUCCAGCUCGCAGUCCACAUUUGGAGGGCCAAAUCGCGGGACUACUCCGGUCAGUGCGGUCGCUCAACGCCCUGAAGACCCGUCUUAUCGGAACACGGCUCCAGCCAUGGCUCGAACCAUGAACGGCCCGUCGAACGGGAAUCCGUAUUUGACGAAUGGACGGAAUCGGGGACCCAGCUCUGGCACGGGCAUGCCACCACCUCGCAUGCGCUCUGCAAGCAGUCCCGAUGUACACCCUAUGGUGCAGCAAAGUCGCAAAUACGUUUCGGGCGAGCACGCACCGACCGUGCCUCCUAUUCCAGCGCAUGUUGCGAAGCAGAUGGCUGCCCCGCUGAGAAGCCAGAACAACUCUCCCAUCAAUGCACCGCCGUCUCGGGGAGGUACUCCACAUCAACAGUACGGUUUACCUUCCGGACCACGGCCCGGAAUGCCCACCUACGGUUAUACUUAUGAUCCUUCCUAUGGGGCCGAUCCCAGAAGGCCUGGCCAUGGAUCGUCGCUGUCUCAGGGUCGAGCAUUCUCGCCUCCGGUCUCGUCACCGUCCAGUGAUGGAGAACCUUAUAUCCCGAGUCAGCUUAAGGCGAAGGUCUGUUUUGACGAAAACUAUGUAUCCAUGAUUAUUGCCAGCAAUAUCCAGUUUCGGUCGUUGGCAGAUCGGAUUGACGCCAAAUUGGCGCGCUUCACGAACCAUUCGAUUGCUUCUGGAUCUGUCCGUCUGCGAUACCGAGACGAGGACGGCGACUUCAUCUUGAUCGAUAGUGACGAAGCAGUGCAUGAAGCGUUGCUCGAUUGGGGCGAGACACAUUCGGCGAAUUCUCUCAAUCCACAGAACGCCGAAUUGUUGUUGUUUGCGCAUGCAACGAAUGGGGAGGCUGUGGUGGCAGGAUGA